GGCGGUGGUGGCAGGAGCAGCGGCGACUCCCGGCGUCGUGGCCGGUGGCUUGAGCGUUGGCCGCCGACAUGACGCCAGACGAUCCUGAGGAGACCCCGCUGCUCCUGAGGCCGGGCGUCAGCGCUCCCCGCGGCCGUCUCUUCCUCGCCGCCUUCGCCGCGGCACUGGGCCCCCUCAGCUUCGGCUUCGCGCUCGGCUACAGCUCCCCAGCCAUCCCGAGCCUGCGGCGCUCGGCGCCCCCUACCCUGAACCUCGACGACAACGCCGCCUCCUGGUUCGGGGCCUUCGUGACCCUGGGCGCCGCCCCAGGGAGUGUGCUGGGCAGCUGGCUGGUGGACCGCGCUGGGCGCAAGCUCAGCCUCCUGCUCUGCACCGCUCCCUUCGUCACCGGCUUUGCCCUCAUCACCGCGGCACAGGACGUGUGGAUGCUGCUCGGGGGCCGCCUCCUCACCGGUGUGGCCUGCGGCAUCGCCUCGCUUGUGGCCCCGGUCUAUAUCUCUGAAAUUGCCUAUCCAGCAGUCCGGGGACUGCUCGGGUCCUGUGUGCAGCUGAUGGUCGUCAUAGGUAUCCUCUUGGCCUACCUGGCAGGCUGGGUCCUGGAGUGGCGCUGGCUGGCCGUGCUGGGCUGCGGGCCCCCGACCUCCAUGCUGCUGCUCAUGUGCUGCAUGCCGGAGACGCCGCACUUCCUCCUGACUCAGCACAAGCCCCAGGAGGCCCGGGCUGCCGUGCGCUUCCUGUGGGGCUCAGAUGAGGGCUGGGAAGAGCCCCCCAUCCAGGCUGAGCAGGGCUUCCAGCUGGCCUUGCUGAGGCAGCCAGGCAUCUACAAGCCCUUCAUCAUCGGCGUUUCACUGAUGGCCUUCCAGCAGCUGUCUGGGAUCAACGCUGUCAUGUUCUAUGCAGAAACCAUUUUUGAGGAGGCCAAGUUCAAGGACAGCAGCCUGGCCUCUGUCAUCGUGGGCACCAUCCAGGUGCUGUUCACAGGCAUAGCAGCCACCAUCAUGGACAGAGCAGGGCGGAGGCUGCUCCUGACCUUGUCAGGGGUGGUCAUGGUGUUCAGCACUAGCGCCUUCGGCACCUACUUCAAGCUGACCCAGGGCCGCUCCAGCAACGCCUCCCACGUGGACCUCUUGGCACCCGUCUCCGCGGAGCCUGUGGACACCAGCAUGGCACUGGCCUGGCUAGCUGUGGGCAGCAUGUGCCUGUUCAUCGCUGGCUUUGCCUUGGGCUGGGGGCCCAUCCCCUGGCUGCUCAUGUCCGAGAUCUUCCCUCUGCAUGUCAAGGGCGUGGCGACCGGCGUCUGUGUCCUUACCAACUGGUUCGUGGCCUUUCUGGUGACGAAAGAGUUCAGCAGCCUAAUGGAGGCUCUCAGGCCCCAUGGCACCUUCUGGCUCGCCUCUGCCUUCUGCAUCUGCAGUGUCCUCUUCACUUGGUUCUGUGUCCCCGAAACCAAAGGAAAGACUCUAGAACAAAUCACAGCCCUCUUUGAAGGCUAAUGAUGGCCCUUUCUGUGUGUGAUGCCCCCCAGCCAGACUGGGGCAGGGGACAUGGAGCGGCCUGGGCCUCCGCCUGAGCCUGGAGCCCCUGGCUGUGCCAGCCCAGGGCAUCUGGGCACAGUGCCCCAUGUGCUGGACCUCUAGGCUGACUCUGCCCAUCCUGCCACCCUGGAGACUCAGAACAUGGCUGAGGAGCGCUGCAGUGCUGAGGGCAGCCCGCUGCACAGUCUCCUUCGUGAAGAGGCCAAAGAGGAGCAGGCCAGCGUCCUGGUUUCUGCUGCCUGGUGGAGAAGCUUCUGGAAGCUGAGUGCUGGACACCCACCUGAAGCUCUCACGGCAGGCUCUCCGUGCAGUGGCUGCACUGUUGGGAAGGAACUUGGGGAAUAAAGAUUUCACUUGGAAACCAGGUCACGUAGGCCUCUGAGUGCAGUCUGAGCAGGGCUGUUCCCGCACGCCCACAGAGCGCCCUCCCCUGGGAGCCUCGGAGGCUGUGCAAGCCCGGGUGCUCCGAGGCAGGUCCGGGUCUUUUCUCAAGCUCAGUUUUCUGAAUCUUUAGCCAUUAAGCCUGUUAAUUUUCAAAAAAGAAAAAGUAAAGUCUCCUUGACUUAAUGGAGCCUUGACUUUUACAAAUUACUUUUCUGGAAGCCUGGAACUCAGCUCAGUGGCACAGCGCCUACCUGAGAAGUGUGAGGUCUUGAGUUCAAUUCUUGGUACACCUCCGGAAAAAUUACUUUAGUCACGUCAGUAACAUGUCUGUUAUUGUAGGAAAUUCAGGGGAAAAAAAUUUAAGUAUUUGGUACAGGGUCUCACGAUGCAGCUCAGACUCAGUGAUCCUC